UCUUUACAUUUAUCUAUCUAUCUAUCUAUCUAUCUAUCUAUCUAUCUAUCUAUCUAUCUAUCUAAUUUAGUUGCCUCUCAUAUCCAACAAUUCUACCUAGAAUGAAUCUAGCAAAUUCAUCAAAUAAUCAACUUUAUUUUGGUUAAGGAUCGUAGAUUCAUUCAGUGAAGGAAUUGGGAGUGAUUCCCCAGGUAGCUGAUCUACUAAUCCAACUGUUGCCAUUAAAGACCAUCGUUCUCAUGCAUGCUUUCUUCCCUACUUCUGAUUGUUGCUUUAGUGUUUGCCCUUUCCAGUACAAUGUCCACUUCCACCAGCAAAAAUCCGUCCACUUCUUCGCUCAUUUCCCUAAACGACCGAGCAGUGAGCCCGAUUCUUGCCAGCUCGUCAAACACCUCGUGGGACCUGAGUGCAGAUGACUUCACGAAGGAGUUGUCCUGUCCUCUUUGCCUCGAACUAUUUAAAGAGCCGGUCAUUCUACCUUGCGGCCAUAACUUCUGCAAACCUUGCCUGGAGGCCAUCUGGAAUAGAAAGGGCGUUUUCUGCCCAGAAUGUAAUGCCAACGUUCCUGACCACAAGCUCAUAAUCAACCAAGCCUUGGAAAAGAUGGCGGAGAAAGUUAAGGCUUUUCAUGUGGGAGGCCAACAGCAGAAAUGCAUGGAGCAUGGAGAACCACUGACCCUCUACUGGAAGCCUCAAGGGAAACUAGCUUGCUUCACCUGCCGAGAAGCUCAGAUGCCCAAAGAUCAAUGCACUCAGUUUCUUCUCAUCCCCGAUGCAGUGCAGAUAUAUACGGAAAGGCUACUCACAUUGAGGCUUCAGCUCAGGUCUAUCCUGGUAAAACUGGAGGUGUUGAAGAGUGCUCAGGAGGAGAAAAUAUCCAGUCAUAAAGAAAACAAACUACAGCUCCAGUACCAUAUCGCCUUGGAGUUCCUAAAGCUGCACCAGUUUCUUCACACCAAGGAGAAAAUACUAAUUCAUCGGUUAAAGGAAGAGAGCGAAAUCCUUCUGCAGGAAAUGGAAGGAAACCUAAAUAAACUCCAAGACCAGUCACAAAUUGCAAAAGACACUUUGGUCUGCAUUCAGGCUCGGUUAUACCAGCAAAAUUCUGCUGGUUUCCUAAAAGGAAUAAAGCCAUUUGUAGAACGGAUGGAGAACAAAACCGACAAUUCGUCUCUGGGACAGUUAGUGACCGGGACGUUGAACUCUGGAGAAUUCAAGGGCCCCAUGCACUAUGCGAUGUGGAAAGAAAUGAGAACCAUCCUUAAUCCAGAUAUCACCUUCGUCACCUUGGAUCCUAACACAGCCCACCCCAACUUGAUCCUCUCCGAAGGGUUGACCUGUGUCUGGCAUAACGACAGGAAGCAGAUUCUUCCAGAUACUCCAGAAAGAUUUGAUUGCAGCGUUUCGGUCUUAGGUUCUGAAGGAUUCACCACCGGGAAGUACUAUUGGGAAGUGGAAGUGAGGAAGAAGAGCAAGUGGACUUUAGGAGUUGUCCGGGAAAGCAUUAACCGGAAAGGGAAUUAUCCCCUCUCACCCAAGGAAGGCCACUGGUUGAUCAAGCUGAGGAAUAAGAACGAGCUGAAGGCCGUAGAUGUCCACCCCAAAUGUCUCACCUUGCUUGGCCAUCUGUGCAGAGUGGGGAUCUAUUUGGAUUACGAAGGGGGCCAGGUAUCUUUUUAUGAUGCCAUGUCCAUGUCUCACCUCUACACCUUCACGGACACUUUCGCCGAGAAGGUGUACCCCUACUUUUGCCCAUGUCUCAAUGAUUCCGGAGAGAACAAGGAACCACUGAGGAUCAUAGCUUUCGAUAUGUAGAAGCACGGUGAAGGUGGAGAUGUCUCCUCAGCCAAUAUGUCUGAGCCUGGCUCUGUGGGAGCUUAUAGGAUUGUGGGGUACGACUCCAGGGCCAGUAGAAGGGCCCAACCAGUUCCCUUGGAAUUCUGCUGGGGUUUACUCCUCACUCUUUCCAAGAAUAGGAGUUCCUUUGUCCCUUUCUGUGGUUCAGCUAGGACAACCGUCCCAUUUUGAAAAGGUAGUCAAUGCUUCCUUGACUACCUGAAAAGCAUCUCCAAUGAGGUCAUUCAAUUUCUUUCCAGGAGAA